AUGUUCAGAAGCCUAAGGCCUGGGGGCCUGGGAGCCCAGGGCAUGGCAGGACCCCUGCGGGGUCGGGUGGAGGAGCUGAAGCUGCCCUGGUGGCGAGAGACCUCACCACUGGUGCUACGGCACAGCGAGGCCGCCCGGCUGGCAGCUGACGCCCUUCUGGAGCAGGGUGAGGCUGCCUAUUUGCGGGUCAUCUCUGAGGAGCAGGAGCUGCCCUUCCUGAGUGGCCUGGAAGUGGACUACAUCACCAGCCAUGUGCACAGGGGUCCUGAGCUCAGCGAGUCCCAGGGCCUGGAGGCCUCAGGGCCUGACCGUCUUAGCCUGUUCUCUGAAGUCACCUCUGGCACAUACUUCCCCAUGGCCUCUGAUGCAGACCCCCCAGACCUGGACCUGGGCUGGCCUGAGGUUCCACAGGCCACAGGCUUCAGCCCUACCCAGGCUGUGGUCCACUUCCAGCGGGACAACGCCAAGAACAUCAAGGACCUGCUGCGUUUCCUCUUCAGCCAGGCCCGCACGGUGAUAGCUGUGGUGAUGGACAUAUUCACCGACAUGGAGCUUCUGUGUGAUCUCAUGGAGGCCUCGAGCCGGCGUGGUGUUCCUGUCUACCUGCUCCUGGCACAGGAAUACCUGAGGCACUUUCUGGAGAUGUGCUACAAAAUGGACCUCAGUGGGGGGCUCCUGCCGAACAUGCGUGUGCGGAGCACAUGUGGGGACACAUACUGUAGCAAGGCAGGCCGCCGCUUCACUGGGCAGGCCCUGGAGAAGUUCAUCAUCAUUGACUGUGAGCAGGUGGUUGCGGGCAGCUACAGCUUCACCUGGCUGUGCAGCCAGGCCCACACUAGCAUGGUGCUGCAGCUGAGGGGUUGCAUCGUGGAAGACUUCAACCAGGAGUUCCGCUGUCUGUAUGCUGAGUCGCGGCCUGUGGAGGGCUUCUGUGGCGGUGAGGAGCCGUUGUCACCCCGGGCACCACGCCCUCCCCUGGUGGCCUGGGCCUUCAGGCCUGGCAUCCCAAGCCCCACCUCCUCCUCACCCUCCAGCACCAGCCUCAGCAGCGUCAAGCGCUCUCCUCUCAUGGGCUGCUCCUCCUACCUCCCUCUACCAGGAGCCUGCAAUGACAUGGGUAUGGGGCCCUCAUCCCCAGGUCCCUCCAGCCGUAAGGCCAGUGGGCAGCCCCCACUGCAACACCAGCUGUCAGACCCUAACCAUGGCUCCUUUCCUGGGCUCUACCUAGGCAACCUGGGCAAGCUGGGAGCAUCCCCAUUGUCCCAGUCCUCCCCUCCCCUCAACCACCAUAGCACCAGCCCCCUGGCCCUGGCAGUGGGCUCACCUCUGCUCCCCCACCCGCGCCCCUUCUUCCCCUUCCCUCGGGGUGGCCCAGCCCUGUCCCGGCUCCCAGAGAACGGGCUCCCAGGAAGCCAGGGGCCCAGCCCUCCACGAGGUCACAGAGUACCUGGCCCAGCCCUGGAGACAGUGGAUGAGAAGGCAUAUCUGAGUCAGAGCCAUGACCAGCUGGACCUCUUGGUCCCCUUCCCCAGAGCCCGAGAAGCAAGAGGCCCUGACUCUGGGGUUACCCUCAUCUCAGGCUCCCUUCAGCCUGGUGAGCAGGCCCCAGAGGACAGGAGGUUGGCCCCAAGCCACAGCUACAGUCAACUGGACCUCUUGCCCUGGGCCCAGGGUGCCGGGAGCACCCUUGAGUCAGGCUCCCCCAGAACUGGUGAUCAGGUCUCAGAGGACAGAAAGCUGUCCCCAAGCCACAGCCAGACCCAACUGGACCUCCUGGCGCAGUUCUCCAAGGCCCGGGGCUCCAAAGUGCCCCCUAAGGCCAGUUCCCCAGCCAGGCCCAGCAAGCAGGGCCCAGAUGAGUGGCGGCAGACCCUAGGUCACAGCCAGCUGGACCUCAUCACAAAGUUUGGCGCAUUCCGGGGUGAGGGACCUGGGCCCAAUGGUCUCCCCGAUCCGAGCCCUGUUCACAAGACUGGAAUGGGCGCUGGAGACGAGAAGCGACUGACUUUGGGCCACAGCAAGCUGGACCUCAUCACCAAGUAUCACCAACUGAAGGGCACCAGGCAGGUGCCUGAGCCUGGCCUGCCCAGUGCCUCCACAGGUGGCCAUCGCAAUGGUGGUAGCAAUGACCUGCAUGGGGAUGAGAAGUGGCUGACCCUGGGCCACAGCAAACUGGACCUCAUUAUCAAGUACAACAAGUCCAAGUCCAAGCUGCUCCGAAGCCGCUUUGAGUCCUAG